AUGAUGUUGAGCGAAAAUUUUUCUGUUGAAAAUGUUUCGUCGGUGAAAUUGCUGAUCACCAACAUCAGGUUGAAAGGAAUUCAUAAAUUUAAAAUGAAAAACUUCGAUAGUGCAGAUGCAGACGAAGAUUUGGUAUUGGAUGUCAACGGUAAGAAACUUCACUGCCACAGUCAGAUUCUAUCUUGGAACUCGAAGAUCUUCAGAACUAUGAUCGAAGAGAGGUGA